AUGGCCUCAAGCUCCAACGUGUAUAUCGACGAUGUCGACGUGAACAAAGGUCUUUGGACAAAUUGGAACGGUAAUGAAUUGACCGGUUCCAGGAAAACCAUGGCCAAAGACACCGCGGAUCUGUUGAACAUAUUUCUGGGUAUCUUCAUCGUCUUUGUCGAGGCCGCGUUCUGGGGCUACAUCUCCCUGGCCUUGUUUCUUAGGAAUCGCCGGCACGGACGAGAUGCUCUCCACCACCAGCUACAAGCAGUUUUUCGCAACGUUGGAAGCUCGCUCGGCACAUUCACCACGUUGCUCAGGUUUUCUUGGAAGGUCUGGGGCUUGCGUGCGUGCUGGAGGCGCACCCGUCUCCCAGCCUUGGCCGCCUUCCUCUGCCUAGGCUUCUUUGCGGGGGCCAUGCCUUUCAUCUUGGCCAUGGCCAUGCUUGAUAGCCAGGGUGUCGAGGUUCUGGUUCGAAACAUGGAGAACUGCGGCUUCUGGUUCGCAACGUUUACCACUUCCGGCACGACGGCGGCAACGUUGCUCGUCAACCAGACCCAGGAGGCCGUGUCCUAUGUCGACCUCUGCUACAACCGGGACACGCCUUCAAACGCGUGUGAUUAUCACCUCGCACAACGACGUCUGCCCAUGCUGGCAAUUAUUGCUGUCCCAUGUCCAUUUUCUGCUGAUGUCUGCCUCAGCAAGGGUCCAUAUCCCGCCGUUCAAUGGCAGACGGACCAACUGGACUCGCAUGUCGAUUUCGGAAUCAACGCACGGCCCAAGGACAGAAUGCUGCUGCAGAGGACUACUGUAUGUGCGCCUCUGGACGUGGAUCGGUUCACAAAAGUGACUUCCGGCGCCAUGAGAGAGGAAGAGCUCACAGGUGUCUACUUUGGUUCCAGACCCGGCCAGAACUAUACCUACAUGGUGAGCAACUACGAAAGCGUCGCAAAGCCUGCAUACAACAUUGAUGUUGUAUGGAGCAAGGCAGCAAAUGGUUCUGUAUGGUCCUCCACCUUUACACCCAUACCAGAACUCGUUCGAAACGAUGCCGACGUAUCGAUUGUUUUGCUCAACAACCGGGGUAUACCCAUCAAGGGAACAGACGGGCCUUGUAGCGACCCAUUCUUCUCGGCCACGAACAAGACCUUGCUGGCUCACAAAGACUACUACCUGCCAGACAAGCCAAUCACAGCGAUAGGGUGCACCGAUCAAUAUGCCUUUGGAAACCCCGUGACGGGACAAUGGACUGAGCCCAUGUCGUCAAUCGAUACGGCAGACUGGGGAAACUUUACCAAAGACUGGCGUCUGUCUGUUGGGCAAACGGCGGCUAUUGCGAGUUUAGCUUGGGCGAGCUUCGGAAGCGGCGGUAUUGAGGGCGUCAUUCUUGGUCUAGAGGUUGGUGCACUACUGGCCAAGAAAACUCCAGGCAUAUUCACAGGCUUUCAGAACCCGCUCCCCAAUGAGCAGUGGAAGAAGGAAGUCGGGUACUGGUUCAACAUUGGCCUGGCCAAGCUGCAGUUUGGCUUGAUAGGCAUCGCUGUCGGGCCCCAAGAUCCCACGCUCCCGGACUUGCAAAACGCGCUGCACACCUUCACCGUCGGGAACAAGAAGCUCGAAGAAGAGAUCUGCAGCUGUCAAAAAGUUUACAGCCUGGAUCACAAGAAUUACAAUGGGAGGGGGCUCCUAAUCUUCCUGGCAUUCGGUGGCGUCAUCGCCGGGGUGCUGCCCUGGCUCAAGCACCGCCUUCUCCGUUUACUGUCUAGGAAGGAAAACCUUGCGCUCCUGUGGAACUCGCACUCGACGCUUCAGAUGCAGAGGAUGCUCAUCGAGAGCGUCGCCUCUGGCGGAGCGGGCACGUGGGAGCGUCUCGAGGACGAUGUUCCAUGCUUGAUUCCGCACGACGCGCUGGCAGGGUAUCUGAACAUUGAGCACGAGGAGAACGGCAAUCGGCACCCAAAAUGGUACAGCGACGCCACAGCGGCAGAUGCACAGGCAGACGCUCCAAACGGCGUACAAGGGGCGGGCGCUCCAGACAAUGUGCAUGUCGCGGACGCUCCAAACGACGCGGUUCCCCUGCUUCAAGGGGAUCCUGGUCCAGGAGCCGGUGCGGGAGAUGUCGAGCUGCAAAAUCUCGCUCCGAGGGCAUGA